CUAUAAAUUGGCCGUGGAUACGGCGAUACCCAUGUUACUUCGUUUUCACUUUUAAACAAUCUUCUAAAGUACUCUACAAAAAUGGCUAUUGGUGUUGGUAUUAACGGAUUUGGUCGUAUUGGCCGUAUCGUUCUUCGCAUUGCUUUGGAGAACCCCGAAAUCCAAGUUGUCUCUGUCAACGAUCCCUUCAUUCCUCUUGAAUAUAUGGUCUACAUGUUCCAGUAUGACUCCACCCACGGUCGCUUCAAGGGUACCGUUGAGGCUAAGGAUGGCAAGCUCGUUGUCAACGGCAAGGCCAUCAACGUCCACACUGAGAAGGAUCCCUCCCAGAUCCCUUGGGGUAAGGACGGUGCUGACUACGUAGUUGAAUCUACUGGUGUCUUCACCACCAUUGACAAGGCAAAGGCUCAUAUUGCUGGUGGAGCCAAGAAGGUCAUCAUCUCUGCUCCCUCUGCUGAUGCUCCUAUGUUCGUUGUUGGUGUCAACUUGGAUGCCUACAAGUCUGAAUAUGAAGUCAUCUCCAACGCUUCCUGCACCACCAACUGCCUUGCUCCUCUCGCCAAGGUCAUCGAUGAUAACUUCACCAUCGUUGAAGGUCUUAUGACCACUGUCCACGCUACCACUGCCACCCAAAAGACCGUCGAUGGUCCCUCUGGCAAGGACUGGCGUGCUGGACGUGGUGCCGGUGCCAACAUUAUCCCUGCCUCCACUGGUGCCGCUAAGGCUGUCGGUAAGGUCAUCCCCCACUUGAACGGCAAGCUCACUGGUAUGUCCUUCCGUGUUCCCAACCCUGAUGUCUCUGUUGUCGAUCUUACUGUCCGCAUCGAGAAGGCUGCUUCUUACGAUGACAUCAAGACCGCCAUCAAGAAGGCCUCUGAGGGUCCCAUGAAGGGCAUUCUCGGAUACACCGAAGACGAAGUUGUCUCCACUGAUUUCCUUGGUGACUCCCGCUCCAGCAUCUUCGAUGCUAAGGCUGGUAUCUCUUUGAACCCCAACUUCGUCAAGCUCAUCUCUUGGUAUGACAACGAAUACGGUUACUCUUCCCGUGUUGUCGACCUCUUGGCUUUCGCUGCCAAGAAGGAUGGUGCUCUCUAAAUGCAUCAACCCUCACACUGGUUUGAUUGAUGGAGGACCUCCUUAUGUACAUACUUAUUAGCUACUCCAUCCCCAUACAAGAAAUUGGAACGAAACUUUGCCACAUACAUUGUUUGGAAUAAAAAAAAAAAGUACCAAAUACGUGAUACCAACGUCGGGCUUGAAGCAACAGCCACCCAUGAGUGUAGAAACUUUCUCACGGCUAUUCGCAUUGACAUCGUAACAUAGUCCGUCUUUCGCCGGUAUUGCACAUGUUUAUUACUGGUUGUUCACUUCAUGUGAACGCGUAACGUUUUCUUUUCAUAUCUU